AUGACAGAAUUCUUGUGGGCUGUGAAAAGCAAGCAGAACAAGUACACGUUCCCGUUGGAUGUGUUUGUUUUUGGCUCAGCUCCAUCAUCAUCUUCGGAACGAUCUUUUAGCGAACCGAGCCAUACCACUUCGUCCAUCAAACAAGAUGUGGAUCAUACUCGGAGCAAGGACAGCAUGAUACCAACACCAACAACUCCAACGAAUGGUGACUCGAGAACGUUUUCUGCCAUUGAUUUUGUAAACGAAUACCGAUCCCGAGUCGAUUCUCUGGAUACCUUGUUGGAAGAACUUCAAGAAUUUAAAGAGUUUCUGAAAGAGGAAACCAUCUCGAUCAUCCACAAGGAAUAUAGUUCCUUCAUUGAGUUUUCUCGGAAAUUAAACACCAUUACCAUUGAUCAGAUGAACUCUUCCAUGCCUACUCUCAUUCAUCAAAUGAAAGAAUUUGAAAAUUUUAUUUACAAUUUAAUCAGUAAAUGCGAGAAAGAGUUACAUAGCAAGAAGAGAGCCUCUCAGAAGGAAUUUAUAUCAAAAAAGCUUUUAGAGAUUUUUACCUUGCUGAAAAGCAAUUUAAUACCUAAAUUGCAAUUGGAAGCAGAAAAGCAAUCAGUGGCCAAUCAUGAAUUCUCAGAAGAUGAUUUAAUAUUUUCCAGCAUGGCUGAUCAUGUCAAACAAUGCUCCGAAUCAAUGAAACAAAUAGAAGUAAUACUCUUAGAGCUUUCCGAGGAAAAUAUUUCUGAAAACAUUCUUGAAAAACAACACAUGGCUGCUCUUUUCGAAUUCUACGAGAAAGUAGAUGUAGCGCUCAAACAGACUGAACAGUUAUUCUUGGACCAAGUGUGUUCUACAUUUAUUUUCUUCAUCAAAAUUAAUAGCAAGACCCUUGCAAGAAGCAAUUACAACAUCUCAUUGCUCAAAAUUUUGGAUUGCAUGGAAGGCUGCUAUUUAUUUAACAAUAAGAGAUUACUAGAGCAGUGUUUAGAGCAGGAAUUGAUAAAUCCAUUGCUGGAUACUAUAGCAAGCAAGGAAAAUUUACUUCAAUGUAAGAAUAACCCAGAGCAGCAUGUAAAAGUGUUACUCUACGAUAAUAUUCUACAACAAGUUGGAAAUGCAAUAGAUCCUCUUUUGGAUAUACUAUUUUCUUUGGAAAGAAAAUCUAACAUUGAAGAGUUGAUACAAACUGGUUACACCGAUGCAGGUAUUGACACAGGGCCAUAUAUUCGUAAAAUUGUUACAUCCUUCAAAUUUAUCACUGCAAGCGUUUUUCAACCCAUCUCUAACCGGCUUCAGUCAGAUCCAUGUAAAUUUCUGUACGAGUAUAGAAAUGUGAAAACCUUCCAUUUCAUGUUCCAAGGACAAAAGCGAUUUAUUAAUGAGUUUAAACAGAAGUUUGUUCCAAAGCACGAAACAAAUACUUUCACUACUGCUGUGAAGACUCUACUGCUGAAGAAAUGGCAAACAAAAAUUUACUUUGCAUUGGUAAAACAACAGGUAGUGAAGGAUUUUGAAUCAAUCAUUUCACAAAAAGCAACAUCUUCCUCAAAGGACAAUAUCAAUAGUGAAUCCAUAUUUACAGCUAUUACUGAUAAGCUGGUUGAUUUAAUUUUAAACACAAUUUUCAAUCCUGAUACAACAUUCUUGGACGAGAUGAGCGAAGAUUUUAUUUUACUAUUUAUUCAGUUAAUAUCGAGGUAUAGAAAAUGGUUAUUGGAACAGCUCAUUCCAUCGAUGAUUCAAACUUCCAAGAACACAACACAAGAAGAUGAAUUGCUGUCACGGCUGUGUACUUUGGCUAAAAGACUGGUGGGUGUUGUCGAUCGACUCUCUGGAUCUAUUAGAAUGGAUAUUUUUUCAUCUACCCGUACUCCACAAAUUAAGGAAUUACUCUAUAACUCUCUUUCUGAAAGAAUUGGAAUUACUGAAGAAACAGAAAAAUUUUCACCUGUGUUCUCGUCCUUGAUUGAAAACAUUGUCAAUAUUUUGAAAGAUAAGAGUAUUCAAAUUAUUGCGUCCAGAUUAACUCAAAGUUAUAACUUUACCACUGUAACUGGGGCAAACAAUUCUGCUUCGCCAUUCACACAGGAGAUUUUCAAAAAACUAAUCCAGUUCCAGAAUCAAGAUUUUGCAAAAACCAACAAAGUAUUUUUGAAGAGAAUAUUACAUCAGGUAGUCUAUGACACUUGCAAUCAAUACAAGAUUGAGUGUAUGAAGAUAGUAGAGUCAAACAAAAAGACACAACAGUCUAUUGAUCGUUUUUCUAAAAAUAAGGUUAACAAGGUGGCCUCAAUUAUCGAUCAAAUUAUUAGAGAUUGCAACAAACUGGAAGAAAUAAUCAAGGAUCAACUGUUUUUGGAUGUGAAAGAGCCAAUGGAGCCGUUGGAACAGCUUAGAUCUACCUUAAACAAUUCAGAAUAA